AUGAUUGAGUUUUUGGUUGUACUGCUUCUUCUUCAUCAAGGAUGUACCUUGGUGCCAGUGACCACAGUUCCUCUAGGUGACCCAGCAACUUUUACAUGUUCGCUUCCUGAUGAAAAGCUGAACAAUAACGAGCUUCACUGGUACAAACAGAAUGCAGGACAGACGCUCAAAUUAAUCACAAAGCUGCGAAAGCAUGCCGAACCUGCUUAUGGGCCAGAAUAUUCUGCCUCAAGAGUGCGGGCAUCAAAAAAUUACGACACCAGCAGUCUGACAAUUCUGAGAACAGUUCAAGAAGAUGAAGGAAUGUAUCACUGCGCGAUUAUUGACUGGACAGAGAAUUCUUGGCAUGGGACCUAUUUGUUAUUAACAGAGCAAACAAAAGACCCACAAGAUAAUGCACUGGUGAUAAUAACAUGUUUGAUCAUUUCGGUCAUUGUAAAUGUUAUUUUGAUCUGCUACCAAACCCAAAAGGCAGCAUGCAGACAAGUUAAAGGGACAAAAAUCACCUCUUCAGCAGACACACAUGAUAACAUAACUGAAUCAGGAGAAUAUACUGACAACGAUGACCAGAAUCUGGACUAUGCUGCUUUGCAAUUCUCUGGAAGAAAAAGCACACGAGGAACAAAAAAGAAACAGUCGUAUGCUGAGGAAGAUGUGUAUGCACAAGUUAAAGUCUGAACAGGAAAGUCUG